GAAGGACAAUAAAUUUCAUGACGUAGGCACGCGUCAUCGCGUGUUCCACGAGUUGUCCGAUCGACUGUUGUGUGAAUGCUGUAUACAUCGACUGUUGUGUGCAUCUUCGAUCUGCAUUGCUAUUUGUUUGUGUAGUUUCAUUGUCCGCGUGUCCGGUGUUGCUCGCGUGAACGGCGUUCUGAACAUGGGCUCUAACGGAGAUGAGAUAGCUUUCGAACAGAUCCUUCAAGAUAAUCUGAAAGAUUUCGCUGUCGGUAACGACGGCAAAUACUGUGGCUCUGUGAUUCGGAGGAAGAGAUCAAAAGACUAUGAAUAGUCUUAAGUGCAUAGGGUAUUCAUACUCGGUAAGGAGCAGCCACCAUCGCCAAAAAUUGCAUGAAACCGCCACCAGCUGACCAUGUUAACCCAGCAAAAAAGAGAUUGUUGAUUAUGGAUACGAAAAAGAGCGAUUGCCCUGCCACUUUUUCAAUUAAAUGUGUUGAAGUGUAUCCAGGCUAUUCUGUUCAAUCAGUAGAUGAUCGUGAAAUUAAAAAGAAAGUUGUCCACAGUUUAAAACAGGCUUUGGAGGCAGCCAAUAAACCUGAAAGUGUUCUUCGCUUUUAUGUGAGGGCGUCACCACCAGACCACCAUACCCACAGCACAGAAAGCAUAAAAGCAAGUGGAGACAUACAUCCCUUGCUAGCUGUGGAAAUAGCAAAGGUUGUUGAAGAUGGAACUACAUCUGUGAGAAUAAUAAAGUUGCAUCUUGAAAGAUUUGUGAACAUAACCUUCACUGGACCACACAAGCCAGAUAAUAUGAACACUACAUUUUACCCCAAACAUCUCACAAUAUAUAGUCAUGUAUACAGGGCCCUUAAGAAAUUGAAGAAAAGUGUGUUUGACCAAGAGGCUUUGCAAAUGCAGAUUAAUGAGUGGCAGAAAGAAUAUAGAGGUGACAAUAUUUUUUUUCAGGCCUUUUUCAGAUGUUGAUGGAGAAAUACAGCCAUUGCUGUUUUGUUACGAGGGUGCAUGGCAGAAGGAUAUGUUAAAAAAAUAUGGAGAUGUAUGUUUGCUUGAUGCCACCUACAAAACAACAAAAUAUGACAUUCCUUUAUUUUUUGUUACAGUAAAGGCAAACGGAUGCUGUUUAGUGGUAGGUUUUUUCUUUAUUCAGGUAGAAGAUACAAGGUCAAUUGCUGAAGCACUACUUGUUUUCAAGAGGUGGAAUACAGACUUCAACCCAACCUACAGGGUUACUGAUUUCUCAGAGUCCGAGAUAGCAGCAAUUAAAGAAAUAUUUCCAUUUUCAAAAGUGUACUUGUGUUCAUUUCACAGGGAACAGGCUUGGGGGCGAUGGGUUAAAAAGGGAGGGAAUCUAACUGUAGGAACUGAUAAGGAGUCUGUUCUGGAGCUUGUGGCGCUAUGUUGCAGCGUCUCCAUCUGAGGAACAGUUCAAACUCAAUGUUGAAAUGUUAGAGACUCAUGAGGUUUUUCGUCGGAACCCCAAGUCACUUAUUUAUUUUAAAAAUCAAUGGCUCUCAGUUGCUGAAAAUUGGGUGAGAGCUUUCGAGAAUAUUGGCACAUUUGCCAAUAUUAGAACCACAAACGGUGCUGAAACAAUAAACAAGAAGGUCAAAAAGUCUUUUCUGAACUAUGACACAGACAAAACAUUAACAGGAGUUGUUAAGGUAUUAGUAAAUAGUUUCAUUCCUGGCCUCAUGAAAAAGUAUUGCCAAAUGAAUUCUGUUAUUAGAAAGAACAAUGAAGUUGUACCUGCAUUUUUGCAUGGAAAGACACAGGAAAAUAUAACACACGUGUGGAAACGAUAUUCUUCUGCGGAAGAAAGCUUCAGUAAAGAGUCAGUGUCAGUAAUAAGUGAGGGUGUUUUUUCCGUGAAAAGCGACACUUCAAAAGAUCUUAGGUAUACUGUAAACUUUGUGGAACCAAGUUGUACAUGUGAAGAUUACCAAAAGCACAAAUAUAUGUGUAAACAUUUGUGCCAUCUUUAUUUUCUAUCGUCAAUGGGGUUUUGACAAAGUAAAUGAAAAGUACAGAAAUAGCCCGUUAAUUUGUUUGGAUAGGACAUGUGGGUAUGGUGCAAGUGGCAGCUGUCUUUCACAGACUGAUUCUGCACUGCGUUAAUUAGAGGAGUCCAGCAGUGAUGAUGCUAUGAAUGAAGAGCAUAACAUUCCUGAACCAUCAGCUUCUCCUUCAUCUCUGUUUCGAGAGGCAAGAGAGAGAUGUCGGAGUAUUAUAAAUCUCACAUACAGUUGUGACAAUGACACGAUAAAGUGUUAGAGGCACUUAAAAAUGUGGAACAUAUUGGUUGUCGAACCCUACAGAAAAUGGUCUUCCUUUAGCAGCGACAUCAUCUACAAAAAUGUAGGAACACUCAUUUAAAUGGAGGUAGCAUUUGUGAAACAUGUAUUUGCCCUUUUGCUUUUCUGGAUGUUCAUACAGAUUUAAAAAUGAAAUGGAUUGAUCAGAGUAUGGUGAGUUAAGUGUCUACAGCAAUCACUUACAUUGGGAGAUUUUUCAGUUUUACAUUAAAAUAUGUGGUAGUACAGCAAAUUUAAAACUGGAAGAACUUCCCAACCAAAAUGAAAGUCAUGGUUACACAACUUGCCAUACCCUCAUAAAUACAUUUUACCAUCAAUGGUUAAAGUAGAUACCCAACUGUGUGCUGAUUGUGCUGCUACUGAUACUUUUUUGUUAAAUGGUAUUGGUAGCAUGAAACAAGACUGGAAGUACCAAAAAGCUCUUCUUUAUUUCUUAUAACAAUAAUAAUUAUUAUUAUUACACUUUAUUACAAAUAUUGUCAGAGUUAUUGGAGAAAUACAUAAUAGGUGGUACCAAUGGUCAUUACUGAAGGUUGAUACAAGAGAAUUAAAACUCUGAAUGGUCCCUAAAAAGCAGAUCUGAUCAAAUUUUACAGAAAGCUACAUGUAAAUAUACAGGAGUAAAAACUGUCACCACUGUUGGCAUGAGAGUUUCCAUAAUGCUAUAGCUAAGACUUUGUAUGUAGUGUUUGACGAUUCAGUAUGGUACUUUUCCAGUAAUGGGUAAUGAAAAUGUCAUGGCGCCUGUGCAGAAGUGCCUAUUUCAUAUUAGAGUUAGCGACCCAUGUGUGCAUCUGUUUAAUGUUGAAAAGUGUUGUUUUCAUAUAUGUUUGAUCGGAAGUUAAACAACAACACUUUUCAUGUAAAACAGAUGCACAUGUGUGUAUGUAAUUGUAACAAGAAACAUAUGCACAUGUGCCAUGUUCAUUUCCCAUUUCUGAAAAAUGACUGACCAUUCUAACUACAUUUUAUGUAGGGUUUAUGAAAAAAUUAGUAAUGUUUACAGGGCUUUCUUGUCUCUUUUGCAACAAGUGAGGGAUUGGCGGCCAUUUAUGUUCCACCACAGUUUCCGCACAAAAUACUCAAACUUACUACUUGCACUGAUUCAGUACAAAAGUCAAUUACUAAAGCAUAUGACACCAUUGCAUUGUUGUAUCUUUCUGUGCAGGCUCAGGGAUAUAUGUUUCAAUGGUAGGAUUUUUCUGGUGUGUGUGUGUGAGACUACUUCCAAAAGCAGUUCCUCAACCAUUUAGUCUUGUGGAUCUCACACACACACACACACACACACACACACACACACACAUUGAUAUUCUUUAAUUAUCCUUCAAGAUGCAGCUGGCUAGUAGUACGCAUCGCAACAUAAAAAAUAAUAAAUUCCCCACAGACAAGAAUUAGAUAUGAACCAACAAAAUUUCAUGCAAGGAUAUUGCCAAAAUUUGUGCCCCGUUAAGUUUUAAUGAUUCUGUAACAACAGAUGAUGUAACAUGUCACCACAAGAAGUAAUGCACUCCCAUUUUCUACAGUUAGAUAACCUGGUUCCUAAGACAGAAGUGUCAAGUGCGUUCAAGUGAAAUAAUGUAAAUAGCUUUUUCCAAAAGGGAAAUGCAUCCUUAAUAGUUUUUACCUUGAACUCUAAGAAACUGCCACCCAACCCAUUAACUGUGGAUGAUGAUUGUUCCAUCUCUUGGGAAUUUGUAGAACUUCGUAAAUUGGCACUCAUACAAUCAACUUCAAAGGAGGGUCGAGGAAAAGAAAAAUCCAACCACUAAACACCACAUCUUUGCAUUGAGUGUCGGGCAAAACAUAGGAAAGUCACAUUUUGUAUAUAUCAUCUAGCAAAUUAACUUGCAUUGCUUUGUGUCACUGUUCUGUACUGCAUUGGUAUUGGGAUUCAGACUCAGCAGGGAAAAGGUUCACAUCCAUAGGUUCUGUUUGUGCUCAUUAAUCUGAAUCUGUAUUAAAUUUUCUUCACAUUGCAAAUUGUCUUGUCUGUGAAGUAAAACUUCGUGUAGUCGUGGUGUCACUUGAUUUCUCUAGUGAAGUCAACGGGAAUAAGUAGAUUCUGUAAGCUUACGUGGAUUUGGUUUAUGUAGCUAAGUGGUACUUAAUAUUUAAAAUUGGAUAACCUUGUCACUGUUAAAUACAUAAGAAUUUUUUUGUGCUUAUUACUAUAGACAUAGGAUUUUUGUGUAAAUGAGCUCUUAAAAAACUACAAAUGUAUUUGUUUUUGUAAAUAAAGUGGCAUGUCUCACACCAUAAUAAAUUGUACAGAUGAGCAGUGUAACAUCUGAAAUAUGUGUUAUGGAUGUAUACCAUGUUUUUAAUGAAAACUGUAAUCAUAUUGUUUGUCCAAUAAAACCAAAUUUUUAUUCUU